UGGGCGUUUCCCACGCAUGGCGGAAGAGCAGGUGCAGCAGAGCUUCAUCACAACAACCGCUAUCAGCCGAGGGAGAGACCACAGAGGCUGCUGACAGGCCCGAAGACACGAUUUCUGGUAGACGAAGUCACUAUUUAGUCGUCUGUUCCGCCGUGAGAGCGUGUGGAGGCCCGAGGACAUGACUCUGAACCAGAACCACUCGGAGUCCGGCGGAGUCAUCAUCAACAACAGUGAGAGUGUGUUGAUGAACUAUGACAACGUGGAGCUGGUUUUCUGUGAUGUGGACAGCCUGCCUGAAGCCUUCAGAAAGAGCAAGAAGGGCAGCAUCUACCUGACUCCAUACAGGGUGAUCUUUCUGGCUAAAGGGCGGGAUGCUCUGCAGUCUUUUAUGAUGCCCUUCUACCUGAUGAAGGGCUGUGAGGUCAAACAACCUGUUCUGGGGGCCAAUUACAUCAAGGGCACUGUCAACGCAGAACCUGGAGGUGGUUGGGAAGGCACUGCUACAUUCAAGCUUGUCUUUGCUGCUGGAGGAGCCAUAGAGUUUGGCCAGUACAUGCUGCAGGUUGCAGCUCAGGCAUCCAGAGGUCAGCCUGUGACUCCUGGCUUCGGUGGAUGCCCCUACAUGGCUAACGGCGCCUACGCUUACCCUCCUCCCCCUGCCAAUGGAAUGUACCCUGCAGGACCUCCACCCGGCUACUCCUACCCAAACCCCCCUCCUCCAGGUGGCUUCUACCCCAGUCCUCCAGCAUUUGAUGCCUCUGCUGGCUACAUACCUCCACCUCCUUAUUCUGCUCCUCUGGGCCAGCAGCCCCCACAUGACCCAGACCUCCCCUCCUCAGCAGCAGCGGAGGCCAAAGCAGCCGAGGCAGCAGCAAGUGCCAGCUGUGCUACACUGCCUCCUACACAUGUGUACCUGCCACAGGACAAGCCUCCUCCCUACUCUCCUCCAGAAGACAAGAAGAACCAGUAGACCUGCUUAAUCCCGCUUCCUUCCCCUUGUUCUCCUGUAUCCUCCAUCCUACUGGACCACCUCGUUUCUCAUCCAUUAACUGGGCAUCAGGAGGACAAAGUAUUCUUUUUUUUUAACAUUAUCCCCUCUUCUCGUCUUCCUAGUCCCCUUCCAACUCAUCCUCUUUAAGUCUUCUCAUUCCACUGCUUUCCUGCCUCAGUCUAUAUACCCUCUGCAUUCCUUGUAACUAUUCUUAUAUUGUAAUCAGCUUCAUUCUCUUCAGAAGCACCUUUACUUGAUGGUAGCAAUCUGCGACAGAGAGAAGAUUGUUGAGGCCAAAGUGGUCAGGAUUUUGGGGCUUUUUGACAAAAACUGUAACCUGACUAACCAUUUUAGUAUUUCUCGCCUUGCAAGUGUCCCAAGAAUCAUACGCCACCUUAAGCUUUAGAUUCAGCAGCGCCGUGAAGCUCAUUUACAAUUUUCUAUGACUGUGUAUUAAACUUGACUCAGUCUAAUAAUUCCUUUGCUAACCUGUCUGAGAAGAGCUGAAUGCAGUCUUUUAUUUUUCUAUUAUUUGUGUGUACAGGCUUUUAAUAUGUAGACUUUUAAAAUGAGAUAUUUUCUCAAGAACACUAACCUAAAGAAUAAAUAGCUUUUGUAAGGAGAGCAGAUUGCAGGGUGGUCUGGUCUGCUUCAUGGACGAGAGGACCACGAAGAUUAGAGCAGCGUCGAGUGAAUCCCUGAUCCUGGAUUAGAGCAGAGAGCGAGGGGGGGCCUGCAGGGACGAUCAGCCAGGACGGAUUAUCUUUAUAAUGUGCAAGAGCAGACCCAAUGAUGUCACUCACUGUUUGUCAUGCUCCUGAAUGUUUGAGAAAACACACAGUCAGACUCACCGCCAGCCUGCUGCACCCUCCAUUCUCCCAAUGUACAUUUCUACCAGUAAAGAUACAAACAGAACCAUCAGAGGAGUUUCUCACCGUUUUUACUUUCUGUGGUUGUGAUCUGAACUCUCCAGUUUGAGGUCUGUCUUUCGAUCUGAUGUGAGCACCUCAGUAUCUGAGCCUCUAUUCUUCCUUCCUCUGUGGUCAUUAAUCUAUAUACUGUAUCUGUGGCACAUCCGUGGCUGAUUCUUUGCACUUUUAGAAUGCUAUGCAUCGGGAUCCUGUUUGCUCUGUUAUGGCUGUGUGUAAAAUAAAAAUAAAGCUCUGUAUUUAUUUCAAACUAAUUUAUUGAGUAAUUAAUGUAAAAUGGCUCAAGUAAGAAAACAAAGCAUGAUCUCAACUAAUGCAUGUGUGCAUUGGAUAGGAUUUUAUUAAAUGAUUCAUGUGGAACAGAA